AGGCCGCGGUUGCACCGGUCUGGGUCGCCGCCGCCUUCACAGCCACCUCGCCACAGUUCGGCGCCGGCCAUCCUCAGCUCCGCGUCUGCAGACUCCUGACCGACAGACGCCGCUGCAGAUAGCACAGUGACUCAAGAUGGCUUUCAAUGAAACGGAAGCGCCGUCCUUGGCGACCGACCUAUCGGAGCUCUUGGGGAUCACCGCCAACGCCACCCCAAGAAACGAAGAGCUGGAGCAGUUCAAGAAGAACGUGGACGACAUCUUCCUGCUGACGAACGGCAUCAUCGUCUGCCUGAUGCAGUGUGGCUUCGCCUGUUUGGAAGCCGGUGCUGUGCGAUCGAAGAACGUCACCAACAUCAUAAUGAAGAACCUGAUGGACAUAUUCGUGAGCGCGCUCUUCUACUGGCUGGUGGGCUACGCGCUGGCAUACGGGAAGGGCAACCAGUUCCUGGGGCUGGAGCUGUGGGCCAGCGUAGGCCUGCCCAGCGACAGGAUGGCGCACUGGUUCUUCCAGUUCGUCUUCGCCGCCACGGCCGCCACCAUCGUCUCCGGCGCCGUCGCAGAGCGCUGCCAGUACGUCGCCUACCUCAUCUACAGCGCCGUCAUCUCAGGCUUCCUGUACCCGGUGGUGUCGCACUGGGUGUGGACGGAGCAGGGCUGGCUGCAGCGGCUGGGCUACCGCGACUUCGCGGGCAGCGGUGCCGUGCACAUGCUGGCGGGCGCCAUCUCGCUGGUGGCGGCCGCCGUGCUCGGCCCCCGCGCCGGCCGCUUCCCGGGCUGCCUCCGCGCCGCCUCCGCCGCCUCCACCGCCCCCGGCAAGUGGUCCCCGGCCGCCGACGCUGCCGUCGCGGCCCUCCCGAAGGGCCCCAUUCCCGGACACUCCGUGCCGCUGGUGGGCUUGGGAGGGAUGACGCUGAUCGCCGGCUUCCUGGCGUUCAACGGCGGCUCGCUGGGCCGCAUGUCUGGGCCCGGCGACAGCCAGCUGGUGGCGCGGGUCAUGGUCAACACGGUGAUGGGCGGCGCCGGCGGCUCCCUGAUGGCGCUCGCCGUCGCCAGGGUGGGCCUCGCGGGGGCGCCAGCGGCCUUCGGCUUCGCCAACACGCUCAACGCCUCCUUCGCCGGCAUGGUAUCGGUGUGUGCUGCAGCUGACAUAAUGACCUUCUGGUCAAGUUUCAUAUCAGGCAUUGUAGCUGCUGUUGUGUACCUGACACUCCAUAAUCUGGUUAUAUACUGUAGAGUGGACGACCCAUUAGACACUGUGGGAGUACAUCUUGGAGGUGGGCUCUGGGGAGUUUUUGUAGCAGCUUUCUUUGCUGAAGGUGGACUUGUGUAUGGAAUCAGCUAUGAGUCAUCCAUGGCCGUAGCCUAUCAACUAGCAGGAGCUACAGCAAUCUUCAUCUGGUCUGUUUGCCUUAGUUUGAUAAUGUUUGGCACAAUGCGUUGUGUUGGCAUUUUCCGGGUUAGUCUUGAAGAUGAGCUGCAAGGUCUAGAUGUGGCACUUCAUGCUGAGGCUGGAUAUCCUCCAGAAGCAUGGAGCAUACAGCCUGCUGGAGCCAUACUGCCAUUUAAAGCUGAGAAAACAGAUGAGAAGCCAACUUACAAAAAGCCAGAAAGCUGUCGGCCAACAUCUGAGUACAAUAAUAUGGCAUUUGAAGAGACAGAAAACAUCAUCAUUAAGCGUAUCACAAAUUCAUAGUGAAGUAUACACAUAUUCCUCAUCAAUCUUCAAUGAUUCAUUAGUUCUGCUAUUAUUUAUUUGCCAUUUUGUAAAAUCAGUGUAUCAUAAUUAAUGCAUUUAUUUUGUGUAGUGUAAGACAAUGUGCCCAUGGAUGUACAGCAUCAACAGAUACAUGAUUCCUCUUUUUCAAAAUGUGGCAUUAAAAUGUUCCUAUAAU